AUAGCGACAUUUUUUUUAAGGACGAUAAACUUUGAGCAAGUGGACGUGGAUUUGUGACGACUUUUUCACUUCGUAGCUAGCUAUAUAUAUAGCUCAUUCACUCAAGAAAGGGUAUUUACAAUUCUACGGCUACGUGUAACUAGUUUUCUCAAUUAUUUACCAAGGCUUCCAAGCAUCUAUUCUUCCGUUGGCGUUGUAUCAUUUUUUGCCAGCAUUUAUACCGUACCGGUACUGUAUGUCGACUUUGUCAUAACUUACUCGGACUCAAUAUACCUUACCUCUUGCCCCGGGAACCUCGACACGACGUCUUUAGUACGUGGUACUACGUGUUCGGGCUGCCGCAGUAACCUUACCUCUGACUAGGGCUAGGCCUACUCUGUCUGAAAAUAGGAAACUGAAAUUUAAGACACUGUGCCAGUCUGAAGACUGAGCUGUGGUGGGUCUGUGCCUGUACCUGUGGAGUGUGAAUCUUUAGCUGUUCAUCGUUCUGCGUUCUUCUCAAAAGUGUAAACCCAAUUACUGGAAAACGGUCCUCUAGAAGGGAAGGAUCCAUUUUCAUCAAAUUUUCAGGAAAAAAACAUUGGCAUACUCAAGGAUGCCUACUGCUACUACAGCUGGUCAGCUUCCCAUGCCCCCUCUCCAAACAUAUGUGGCAAUCAGCAUUCUGUUCUUAGCUUGGUCACUUCUGCAAGCCAGAGAAGGUCUCUCUUUACUAGAAACCAUGCAGGCUGGCAAGGAGAAAGGUCCAGCCGAAGUCAGUUCUAUCCAGGAGUCACUGGUCACUCCUGCCAUCGGUGAGCCUGUCAGUCGUGAACCAGUCAAGGGAGAAAGUUCUAACAAUCUACUGGAUGAGCUUCUUGGUUUGAAACAUAGAGAUGUACAUGUAGAUUCAAGGGGACAAGGGAUUUCACUAGAAUCUUCUCAAGAGCAGCCUCCCAAAGGCUCACCUGCAUCAUCCCCAGCAACAAGCUCUACUCCUUAUGAUGGGUACCUGUCAGGAUCAGAAUCCAGUCCUGGUCCGGAUCCUGUUUCUCCUCUGGAUGGUGGUGAAGGAAUACAAAAGAUCCAGGACCAGGAAAUUCUUAGACCUAGUCCAGAGGAAAUCCAAGAAGAAAUCUUCCGUAACUUGUCAUUUGAUUUUCGUAUCCAUCCUGACGACAGUGAUGUCAUUAAGGUGAUGAAGCUCAUGCUUCAGGAUUCUCUCUCUGUCGUGGUUGUAAUCAACAUGGCAUUUUGUUGCCUUAUACUCCUUGGAAAGGCUAUCCAGUAUAUUGUGUUUGGCAACCUUAGAGUCAUAGAAAGACAGGUAAGCGGUUUUACUCUUAAUUAUUCUAACUUAGUGGCCCAUAUUCUGAAGUCAGGUUUAAAGUUGUGGCUUAAGUAUGGAUAGCCAAUUGUUACAUAAAUCAAGUAACAGUAGAGAUAUAUAUAUUUCAGCUCAUUUGACUCUCAAAUCAUUCAUAAUCGUCUAGGAAGUAUAAAUAGAUGAUUGUCUUCACCAAUGAAGAAUCAGCAAAGAGUACAGUAAAUAUAAAAAACUUACAAUUUAAUAAAAAUUUUGACACUUUUGGCUUCCCAUAAUUUUAGCCCAGAGUUAGACCUUGGUCUAUUAAAUUUAAACUUGACUUCAGAAUACGGGCCAGUAACUUUUAUGUAUGUGUGUGUGCCACUUAAUUUGCAUCUACAUGAUAAUUAAAUGCAAUUUGAUAUUGUUAUUAAAUAUUAUCAGCCCUUUCAGUAAGAUCUCAGGAGGGCAAGGCAAUUUUUUGAGGGCACUCUAAAAAUUGCCUUUGAUUUUUUUUUACAUGAAGGGCAUCAAGGCAAUUUUAGGGCACCAAGACAGUUUUUAGAAUUUAGAAGGGCACUAAGGCAAUUUACCGAUUGUAUACUGACAUGUGACUUUUUAUGUUCAAAAGAACAUAAUAAAGUAGUUUAUCUUAUAAUGAAAAAAUCAAUUGAAAUAUUUUGAAAUAAAAUUUGAUAAUUUUAACAACCUCUUGUUUAUUUGGAACCUUUAAUUUGAUUUUGAAAAUUCCAUCAAUAAUAGAGUGUUGAGAUCGAGCCUAGACAUUGGAUGGUUAUCAGUACGGUACGUGUGCGAUACUUGGGCUUGGGGUCCAACUCAAAACAUUACAAUGUCAUCUCCGUUAUUAAAUGCAUUGCGCACCUCGAUUGAAAGUAAUUAACGUGGUUCAAUUUCCAAGAUGAUCCACGUGUGCACGCUAUUUGCGCUAGUGAAUCUUACCCCGGCCGAGUUUCCGUGGCGAUUUAUGUGGGAUUAUGGAUAUACGGAAAUCCAAUUUAGGAUUCGAUAGCGCGACCAUUGGAUUUUCAUAUUUUUAACAGAGCCGCCUGCACGAACCAGCGCGGAUGGGUAGUGGGGAGUGUUUACGUCUGCUAAGUAUCAAAUCGUAUGGUAAUUUGGUCAUGUCAUGACUUCAGUUCGAUUUAGUUUAAGAUCUAUCUAUUUGCUAUUGUGAGAAUUCAGGUUUGGAGUUUUGGAGAGCUUGAGAAUGAGAAGGCACCGACGGCGGUUUGAUAAAAGGGUAUGGCAAUGGACUGCCGUCGGUGAAGGGAACAAUUUAAGGGCAGCGCGGCAACUGCUAAGGGCACCGACGGCAAUUGCCGUCGGUUACUGCGAGGGCUGAAUAUUAUCAUGUCACAUGUAUGUAUAAUUUGUAUGCUAUUUUAAUUUCUUGUUUAUAGAUAUAAUUCUUUUGUAUUUAAUAUAA